GUCAACACCGCGGCGAUCGCGUCCGUUUGCAAAGCAUCUUCAACAUCUACUCCAUCAUCAAUGCCACCAUUGUUUAAUGAUGCCGGCCGCCUCGAGGCCACCUUCAUUCUCUGACCUUAUUCGACACCACACUUCGUAUCUAGUCAAUCCUCUACAGUGGACUUCACGCCAUCUUGACCUAGUCGAGUGUCGCUUUCAAGAUGUCGCGACCACCCCUUCCGAAAAUCCACCAAACCACAAUUCCGGCAAGAGUUCGCAUCAAACUUCCAAUCAGCGAAGCGAUGCUGAGAACCUCGCGAAGAACUGGGACCCCAUCCACAAGCGCUGCUCACUUUUCAACAUCCUGGUGAAAGACACGCGCCUCUUCGCAGGACUCAGCAAAGGUAACCCGUUCUAUUUCCAAGGUCGACGUGUGCGCCGUCUACCAACCUAUGUCAUGUUUAUCUACCUCGAAAGAGCCAUUGACACCGCCGAAAACCGGACACCUACCCCUGUCGGUUAUCUGCAGUACAACUCCAUCCAUGGAGCACGUCGAAAGCUAUUUGAAGCUUGUCCAGGUCCGAGGGGAGAGAGUAACCGGGUUGGUGGCAUACUAUGCUGGAAGCGUAUGCAACAGAUAACCUUGGAAGAAUGGACGGAGGACCCCUAUUUCGUGUGUCCCCUCUUGGCCCUGGCGCAGUUUGAGGAGCAGCGGCGAGAUGAGUCAAGCCCGGUUACUUUUACCUCUCGUCUCCUUGUGACGGAAGUAGCAGAUAAAGAGAAGAUAGUCCUCUACGAGGCUGACAUUGCAACGGAGCUUCUCGAUGGGCUCAAGGAUCCGAAAAAGGCAAAUCGUCCAAUGAACUGGCCCAUCGUUAGACGUAAACAGAUACCAUACCAGCCUUACAGUACCUUCCCUGAAAGGAUUACGGCAGAGCUCCAGACGCCUGGAUUCUUGCCACAUGAUAGAAUCAGUUCGAUACCCGACAGUUCGGUCCCAGACAUGGAUGGUAAGACUCGAACAGGUCAGAAACGGCCGCAGAAUGCAGAAGAGGGUACACCAUGCAAGCAGACACGGAUCUCCGACGCGUCAUAGGUGAACCGACAUCAGCACUAAUACAUUGUCUGAUGAUCAGAUAGUCACUUAAUUAAUGUAUACUAGCCAUAGCAGCUGCGGAAUCGGCUGUCACCAUUUGAAUAAACAAAAGACUCAAGCGGAAAUCGGUUCUCUAACCAUCGAACAACCGAUAUAGCGUGACCAGCUCGUACUAUGAUUCUCGCCCCGGGGCCUCCAUCCGCCGAUACCCUGGCGCAUAUCAC